AUGAAGGCCGGUGCCACAGAACCACUAAGUGGCCUGACAGUUGUCCCGGUACGGCACGAGAAAUAUCUUCAAUUGCACAUGAAGUGGAACUCAAGUUUGCCGAAAGACGCAACGUACUCCGUUACUAUCGAGCAUGUUGACACCGAAGCGUGUAUUAAAGACAGUCCCUUUGACGAUCAAAAACAUAUCAAGUGUGCUCCGAUACUUGUUGCUGCGAUAAACACCGACGUUAUCGCUCCAACCGAUACUACUGGACUUUCUAAGCAUGAAUGCUCUAUCCAGCAACUUUGCACCUACUCCAUCCUGGUAGAAGCAUUGAACUAUCCGAGCAGCAUCCGAGAUUUGGUAGUGAUUCCUGAUUGCGUGGAAGGUUUAUGCUCGUGCCAUUAUGUAGACCAUCUUCCGGGGCUUGACAAUAUAACUGGUUAUGUUAAUCUCACCAGCAACGAACUUGUCGUCAGCUGGAAAUUGGGCACCUACAACAUUAACGAGUUACCAACCAAUGCUGAACCGCAAUUUAUCCAGAUUCGGGUCCGGCGAGGUACGAACAGCGAAUUAAGUUGGGGUGGGCAACAUAGCAGUAUUAAAGAGGUAACUGUGCCGCUCGGCGUCGGCUCACAUAGUUUUGACAUCGGUGAGCUACCUGGUGCAAAGUACAUUUUUUUAGUGUACUUGAAAGUUAUCGAUAGCCAGAAGUGUGAGCGUGAGGCCAAUCCGUUAAAAGUAACUCUACCAGACAACGAUUCGAAGACUGGUUCGUCAAAUCAUCUCGAAGUGCAAACUUCAACUUCGCAACAUCCUCUAUUCGUGAUUGCUGUUACCUUGGCAGUCAUAGCCGGUAUCGGAAUCGGAAGUGCACUAUUAUUCAUUCACAAACGACGAUCAAAAAAUCGACGAGAGCCCGGAUGGAGAGAAGUUUGCGUUCGAUCCAGUGGGGAACAUUCGGCGAUAAUAAUGUCCGAUAAUGUACUCUACGUAGAUAUGGAAAUUGAGUACGCUAGAGCGCGAGGCAAGGCGGAUAAUUUGGAGGUUCCCCAUUCGUCCUUGCGCAUCGGUCGAGAAAUAGGAAAAGGGGCUUUCGGACGGGUGUUCAUGGCCAGCGCAUCAAAACUACCGAAUAUCAAUGGAACGCAAAUCGUUGCCGUCAAGCAGCUCAAGCGAUCUCCUUCAGCUGGUCAGUAUGACGAGUUUCUAGACGAAAUAACAAUGAUGAAGAGAGUUGGCCAGCAUCCGAAUAUCGUCACUCUGCUAGGCUGCUGCACAAUCAAAGAGCCGCUGACAAUGAUAAUGGAAUAUGUUGGUUGCGGCGAUCUGUUGGAGUAUUUGCGUAAAAUCAGAGCCAAACAUCUAGCGAAGGUACAACAGCAAGCGAUCGCCCCCCAAAUCGAGCAUGCCAAUUUGGUGCAAAACAAUCCGACAAACAACUUGUUCAGUCCCAUGGGAAAAUAUUUGGACCUCGUGCACACAUCCUCCAACUCAGAGGCAUCCUAUAUCACGCAAAACGAUACGAAUAACACCCGGCCGUCACUCGCAGAAACCACGUAUACAAUGCUCAGCGGUUCUCAGGCAGACAGCGUUAACGUUACUGAUAGCAGCCGGUCUUCUUUGGAAUAUGUGCUGGAUAACAAGGAGCUGCACAACUUCGCUAAGCAAAUAGCUUGUGGGAUGGAGCAUUUGGAAGAACUAGGAAUCACACAUCGAGAUUUGGCGGCACGCAAUAUUCUUAUCGACGAGCGUAAAACGUUAAAGAUAUCGGAUUUCGGAUUAUCCCGCAAGGGAAUAUACAUCAAUUCUAUAAACAAAAAGGUUCCGCUGCGUUGGCUCUCCAUCGAGGCAAUACGGGACAAGCUGUACUCCAACAAAAGCGACGUUUGGGCCUUCGGAAUUGUGCUGUGGGAGAUAGGAACGUUAGGUGGUUAUCCGUACCCGGACGUUGGCAACCACGAGCUGCAGAGUUUUCUGGAGCAAGGGAAGCGAUUGGAACGCCCCGAAAACUGCACUCCGGAGGUAUAUGAACUAAUGCUACAGUGUUGGCGUGAGGAUCCCCAACAACGGCCGUCGUUCGAGCAGAUAUCGAAGCAAUUGGAUCCACAUAAGAAAAUUUACAUCGACUUUAGCGACAUCGAACCGACUUACGUGUUUCCCCCGACCAGCGAUCAGUUGCGUUUGGCUAUGGUCAACAACAAGUAAGCCGAUUUGAACGAUAUAUUUGAAACGUUAAACUGUUAUCUGGGACGUGCCAUCAUAGUGUCCGAACCGAUUUGCGGCCAAACAAUGUAUGCUGUCCACGUUAAGAUUUCCGCUGUGAGCUUACUGAUGUGAUGGGAAAUUACGGUUUCAGUCUCACUCAGCAUGUUCCGAGUUUAUUGUAGUGUUAGUCUUAAGGUUCACUGGGCCAU